UCCCAAGAGCAGGGAAUGACAGUGUUAAGGAACACUGGAACAGCCAAAAGUCAUAGAGAAAGAGAAACAGAAAAGGAAAGAGAGAAGGUGGCCAGCCAUGGAGAUUUUAGCUCAGCUGUGGUCGUUCCUGGGACUGCUCACAGUCCUACAGAACGUCCUCCCCUCACAGCUCCUCACUCUCCUCCAGUCAUGGUGGGAGUCGCUGCAGGACCUCCUCAACCCUUACUCCUACUUUGAGAUACCAGAGUUUAAUGGCUACUACGGCGUCGACGUCAAUGAGCUCUACCGGGUGGUGCACCUCUACCUCAGCACCCUCGACGGCGCCGCCUCCCGCCGGCUGACCCUCACCCGCCCCAAGAACUCAGGCCACAUCUCCUUCAUUGUCUCCCCCAAUCACACCGUCGAGGACUCCUUCCGCGGCCACCGCCUCUGGUGGACUCACCACGUCGAGACCGUGCAGGACUCCCUGGAAGAGAAGCGCAGCUUCUGCCUCAAGCUCGCCAAGGCCCACCGCAAGACCAUCCUCUCCGACUACCUCGCCGAGAUGUCGGCCCGCGCCGAGGAGUUCGAGCGCGUCUCCCGCGACCGCCGCCUCUACACCAACGGGGGCAACGCCUCCUGCGAGCUCGCCUGGGCCUCCGUCCCCUUCCGCCACCCUGCCACCUUCGACACGCUCGCUCUGGAGCCCGAGCUCAAGCGCUCGUUGAUCGAUGACCUCACGGCCUUCGCAAACAGCAGGGAGUUUUACAAGAGGAUAGGCCGGCCGUGGAAGCGGGGAUACCUGCUUUACGGUCCGCCGGGCACCGGGAAAUCGAGCUUGAUUGCCGCAAUGGCGAACUUUCUCCACUACGACGUCUAUGACCUCGAGCUCACCAAGGUCGCCGACAACUCCGAACUCAGGGCGCUGCUCAUCCAGACGACCAACAAGUCGAUCAUCGUCAUCGAAGACAUCGACUGCUCGCUCGACCUGACGGAAAGAAUGGCGAUGAACUCGAAGAAACCGUUGGGAGGGGGAAGUGGGAGCCGGAGGUCUGGUCGGUCGAGCUCGCUGGACUCAGGCGCCGGGGAUCAGGACAGCCGGGUGACGCUCUCCGGGCUGCUCAACUUCACCGACGGCCUGUGGUCGUGCUGCGGCGAGGAGCGGAUCGUGGUGUUCACGACGAACCACAAGGACAACAUCGACGCCGCGCUGGUGCGGUGCGGCCGUAUGGACAUGCACGUCAUGCUCCCGACCUGCGGCACCCAAGCGUUCAGGUCGCUGGCCUUCAACUACUUGGGAGUGACCGAGCACGACCUUUUUCAGGCGGUCGACCGCUGCAUGCAGGCCGGCGGCGCGCUGACGCCGGCGGAGGUCGGGGAGAUCAUGAUUAAGAAUAAGGACGAUGCGGACGCCGCCAUCAGGGCGGUACUCGUGGCGCUGCAGAUGACCAUCCUUCGCGGCCGCCGGGAGUGCCAUGAAGCCGACGAGGAGGAAUUGGUGGCGAGGAUGGAAAAGAAAAUGAGCAGCUUCUUCUUGGAUCAGGCGACCACUGGAGGUGGCCACUCGGAAGUGUAUGAGAAGCUGCGGAGUCCGGCGGACGGCGUGAAGGAGAAGGUCGGGGGAAGAUGGCAGAGGAAGGUGAGGUGCUUUGUGAGGAUGAAGAUGCUGAUGCGCUCGCCUUCUGUAAAUGGCAUCUAACAAAGAGUCGACCGCCAUGAUUUUUGAAGUUCUGCUUCUUGUGUAACAGUUGUCUCCUUUGUUAAUUUGUACUAAAUGAAGGGGAAGCAUUAGAUGGAAGGCAGUGUGUGAUUUUCUUCUGUUUUUUUCAUUUUCUUCCUUUACUUCUCUGGCUGUGUAAUUACUUACUAAGAUAGCAUGUAGUGAUCCAGUAACAACUGAAAACCUGUGAUCUCAAUUUGUUUC